ACAGCUUCGGGCUGAACCAUCCCCCAUCGGCGGAGGAUGCGUGAGCACAUCGCUGCAUGCGUACAUCGUGAUCCGGUGAAUGCGGAGGGACACGGGCUUGGGGUCACCUUCUAUCACUGCGAAAGAAGAAAGCAAACCGUCGUGAUACGUCUUUUUGUGCUUGAAAAACUCAGCUUUCCUGCAGACGUGUUUAAUUUUACUUUACAGCAUCCUUCAUGAUGUCUGGCUCUUAUGAUGAAUCUUCUGUCACUGACGACGCCAUGGACAGCUUUUGGGAGGUGGGAAAUUAUAAACGUGCCGUGAAGAGAAUUGAUGAUGGCCAUCGGCUUUGCAAUGAUCUUAUGAACUGCCUUCAGGAACGUGCCAAGAUUGAAAAGUGCUACAGCCAGCAGCUUACUGAAUGGUCCAAGAGAUGGCGGCAACUGAUUGAAAAAGGGCCUCAGUAUGGUUCUGUAGAGAAAGCCUGGUUAGCUAUGAUGACAGAAGCUGAUAAGGUGAGUGAACUUCAUCAAGAGGUGAAGAAUGGUCUAAUGAACGAGGACAUUGAGAGGGUGAAGAACUGGCAAAAAGACUCAUACCACAGACAGAUGAUCGGAGGAUUCAAGGAAACCAAAGAGGCAGAAGAGGGCUUCAAGAAGGCACAGAAACCCUGGGCUAAAAAACUCAAAGAGAUGGAGACGGCAAAGAAGACCUACCACAUGGCCUGUAAGGAGGAGAAAUUGGCUGCUAGCAGAGAGUCUGAAGCAUCUGUCGCGCCAGACCAGCAGAAAAAACUACAUGAGAAGACAGAGAAAUGCAAACAGGAUGUGCAGAAGGCCAAGGAGAAGUAUGAGAAGUCUCUGGAUGAGUUGUCAAAAUGCACACCUCAGUACAUGGAGUGCAUGGAGCAGGUGUUUGACCAGUGUCAACAACAUGAGGUCAGGCGACUGACAUUCCUAAAAGAGGCUCUCCUGGACAUUAAACGACAUCUCAACUUGACGGAAAAUCAAAACUAUGCUUCAGUGUACCGUGAGUUUGAACGCACCAUUCUGGCUGCUAACACACAGGAAGAUCUCAAGUGGUUCAGUAAUUAUCAUGGUCCUGGGAUGCAUAUGAAUUGGCCCCAGUUUGAGGAAUAUAAUCCAGAAGCCACCAAUGCUGUGGCUAAGAAAGAAAAGAAGAAGCCAGAUGGAGUCGCCCCUGCCACUCCAAGCACCGAGCAUGGAGGUCAGCCAGGCGACCGAGGCAGUGUGAGCAGCUAUGAGAAAAACCAGGCUUACUCCACAGAAUGGUCAGAUGAUGAACAGCCUGCCGGAUACUCUGGGAGUGAGACCAAUGGGGGUGCAAACUCAUUUGAGGAUGACUCAGUUAGCAGAGGGGGCAUGCGAGUGCGGGCCCUGUACGACUAUGAGGGGCAAGAACAAGAUGAGCUCAGCUUCAAAACAGGUGAUGAACUAACCAAGAUCGAAGAAGAAGAUGACCAGGGCUGGUGCAGAGGUCGCCUCGACAAUGGCCGAACGGGUUUAUACCCAGCAAAUUAUGUUGAGGAAAUUUAAUUACCUGACUGGUGGUAAACGUACCAAUGGAGGCAGCUCUGAUUGACAGAUGUUAUAUCAUGGCAUAAAUGCCAGAGACUUUAAAUGAACGACUUUGCCUAAAGAUGUGCAAUGCAGUCUUGUUUAAAAUGAAAACAUCUUAGUAACUGAAACCACACUGUACAUAUUGAUCUCAUCCAGGAUAAGAGGAAGAGCUUGCUCUAUACUAAUAUCUAUUUGCAAAUAUUUAUGGUUACAUACAUACAAAGAAAAACAAACAAAUAACGGGCCCGUCAGUUAUGCAAGUAUUAUUGUGCAGCAUAUAUGUUAUUUAAUAUUAUAUUCCAGACCUGAGUAUUGAAUACUCUUAUUAGUGUAAUAUCCAACCGAAAAUGUGGCCAUUAUGUGUAUUCUAGAAGUUCAUAUAACAGUGUCAUUGUGAUAUACAGGUACUUUUCCAGUGUCUUGCAACUCAGUCAUAGUGUUUAAACAAAUGACAAAUUACAUGCAAUGUGCAGUUUAGGUUUCCUCUCUUUCAUCUGUUGCGCUGCUUUUCUAUAGGUCAUGUUCUCUUGAUGUCUGUGUCUUUGAGCAUAGCAGCAUGUGCUAUGGAGCAUGAUUCCUCAGGUCGACCUGUACUGUAUGCAAUCCCAAAAAAGACCACAGAGAGCAGCAGAAUUGUAUUAACUUUUAACCGAAAAGUGGUGAAAUUAGAUGCUCUCAGACUAUGAUUCAAACAGAAGGUGAAUAUUUUGGCAGUCUGAUCAAGACUGAGAUUAAACUUAAACAAGGUUGUUCAUCACACUGGAAGGUCAAUGAACGUUCAGGCGCAUUGCAUUGUGGGAUAACAUAUCCAUGCUUUAUGCUGUGUAGUACACUUCACAUUUGGCUGAUGCAGUACAACAUUCUGAAAUAUUCCACGCAUACAGAAAAUUAAAAUACUGUGUGCAGAAUACAUACUACAUACUGCAAAGAUAAGAGUUUACGUUAGUAUGAUGUUCCAAAUAGUCACAGUUGUUUCUUGUCCCUAUUGUUCCACUUGAAUUAGUUGAUUGUCCUGUAGUGUCCAUCUCAUGUUUGUCAAAACCGUGCUGUUAUGGUUACUCCAUGAGUUAACUGAGUAAAUAAUAUGCAGAUAUUGUGUCUUAUACAGCCUUUAAUGAAUGAAAGGUCUUUUAAAAACUAAGGGCCAGAUUUACUAACAUCUUGCGCCAGCACAAACCCUCAUUUGUCAUUAAAUAAUGACUGUUGGGACCUUAUUGCAUAUGCAUGAGUUCCCUUUUCAGAUGCGAAAUUUAUGGGAGGAGACAAUUUAAAUGAUUCAUGCAACACGAUUUACUAAUGUUUGCACGUGUGUUAUGAUUGGUAUUUGUGGCAUUAUUUAACGUAGAAAAAAACCUUAACUAAAGUAAACCUUUUUACUGUCCUAAGGCAUCGUUAGCUGUGAUGUCCGUAGUGCUGAACUGAAGCGCAUCAUGCGUUAACUCAUCAGCCCUGCUUAUUUGUGACCCUGAACUAAUUUGCGCUGCUCUUAGUAGAUUGCAUUAUGGAAAUCAGCUGUUGUUUAGUAAAUCUGGCCCUAUAUAUAAUCUCUUCAUUACACUGUCAGAAAAAAAGGUUUAAAAUUGUACCUUUUCUGUCACUGGGGUGGUACCCUCAAAAGUUCAGUUUUGUACCUUUUAUGGGUAUACAACACAUUGAAAUAUUGUACCUUUUGGGGUACAAUAUUAUACCUUAAGGACCUAUUUUGUACCUUUAAAGGUACAGUUAAAUGUUUUGUACCACUAACAUUUAUCUGGUACAAAAUUGGUCCUUAAAGGUACACAAUAGGUCCUUAAGGUAUAAUAUUGUACCCCAAAAGGUGUGUGUUCUAUACCCAUAAAAGGUACAAAACUGAACCUUUGAGGGUACCACCCCAGUGACAGAAAAGGUACAAUUUUAAACCUUUUUUUCUGACAGUGUAGGCAUCUAUUCAUGGUCACCUCUUGAUGCCAAAUCAAGUUUCUUCAGAUGGAAUAUCUAUGUGCAUGAUUAGGACACAGCACAUUUUCUACAAAAUCUAUUAGCAAAAUCAAAUAGUGAAUUUCACAUGUGCUCCACUAUGCCCGCCACUACUAGAUAACGGUUAGCAAAAAGAAGCAAUCAGAAUAAUGGAAUCCAGUUAUGCAUUUUCACCUUUUUUUACUUUUCUUAGUGUAAAUGUUGCUGUUUAAAUGUUUAAAGAAAUCUGCAAAGUUACAAAGCCCAAAGUUCACUCCAAAUAGAGUUAUUCUCUUUGAUAGAAAAAUAAACUUUUCAAGAACUAUGGAUGACAUUCGUAUCCGUAUAUUGUGACUUCACAUUUCUGCUAAUAAUGUAAAACAUAUGAACAGAGAUUUUAUUUUGUAUAUUUCACUCUAAAAAUAAAAUGGUACUAAAUAGCACUAAAAGUGGUUCAAUGGCUCGUUAUCAUAAGGGAACCAUUUAACAUUUAACACCAAGUAGGAUGUGAUCCUGGAUCAACAUUUUCAUUAACCAAUCAGAUUGCAGGAUUAGGAUUACGGUGUUUGUUAGAUUUAGGA